AGCCUUUGUCCGGCUUUUCCAAAUUAUUGCUGAGCCACGCCGUUAGUUUGCACAUUUAUUUGAGAACUUCUCGCACAAUUUCUAACAAUGAGGGAGAUUGUUCAUAUCCAGGCCGGUCAGUGCGGAAACCAAAUUGGUGCCAAGUUCUGGGAGGUGAUUAGUGAUGAGCAUGGGAUAGACCCAACAGGAACGUAUCAUGGAGACAGUGACCUGCAGCUGGACAGAAUCAGUGUCUACUACAAUGAAGCUACAGGAGGUAAAUAUGUGCCAAGAGCUAUUCUUGUGGAUCUGGAGCCCGGCACUAUGGACUCUGUGCGGUCAGGACCUUUUGGGCAGAUCUUCAGACCAGACAACUUUGUGUUUGGACAGAGUGGGGCUGGUAAUAACUGGGCCAAGGGCCACUACACAGAGGGAGCGGAACUUGUGGAUUCAGUUCUGGAUGUGGUUCGUAAGGAGUCUGAGAGCUGUGACUGCCUACAGGGCUUCCAGCUCACUCACUCCCUGGGCGGGGGCACCGGGUCAGGUAUGGGCACACUCCUCAUCAGCAAAAUCCGUGAAGAGUACCCAGACCGCAUCAUGAACACCUUCAGCGUGGUGCCUUCCCCAAAAGUAUCUGACACCGUUGUGGAGCCUUACAAUGCCACACUGUCGGUCCAUCAGCUGGUUGAGAACACAGAUGAGACCUACUGCAUAGACAAUGAAGCCUUAUAUGAUAUCUGCUUCCGCACCCUCAAACUUACCACACCCACAUAUGGCGACCUCAACCAUCUGGUCUCUGCCACCAUGAGUGGUGUUACCACCUGCUUGCGUUUCCCCGGCCAGCUAAAUGCUGACCUGCGCAAAUUAGCUGUUAACAUGGUGCCCUUCCCCCGUCUGCACUUCUUCAUGCCCGGCUUUGCCCCUCUAACCAGCAGAGGCAGCCAGCAGUACCGUGCCCUCACCGUGCCUGAGCUCACACAGCAAGUUUUCGAUGCAAAGAACAUGAUGGCUGCCUGCGAUCCAAGACACGGUCGCUACCUGACCGUUGCCGCUGUGUUCCGUGGCCGCAUGUCCAUGAAGGAGGUAGACGAGCAGAUGCUGAACGUCCAGAACAAGAACAGCAGCUACUUUGUGGAAUGGAUCCCCAACAACGUCAAAACUGCUGUCUGCGACAUUCCCCCUAGGGGUCUCAAAAUGGCCGUCACCUUCAUUGGGAACAGCACGGCCAUCCAGGAGCUGUUCAAGCGUAUCUCUGAGCAGUUCACAGCUAUGUUCAGGCGUAAGGCUUUCUUGCACUGGUACACAGGAGAGGGUAUGGAUGAGAUGGAGUUCACUGAGGCAGAGAGCAACAUGAAUGACCUGGUGUCCGAGUACCAGCAGUACCAGGAUGCCACCGCUGAGGAAGAGGGGGAGUUUGAGGAAGAGGCAGAAGACGAUGCUUAAGAAAGAAACGAAGGGGGUGGAGAGAUGGGAACAUGGUGGUGUUUUGGGAAGAAGUAGUGUGUUCAAGUCUGGAUAAAUGUAGCAAAACAUUUGGAAGCAUCAUUUAGUGUCUCAAUCAGAUGAAGUAGAAAUUAGCACUAGACAAAUGGGGCCAAAAGAACCAGAGGUAUGCAGAAAGAAUGUUCUUUAACAUUGAAUGGGUGAAUAACAUGUGAGUGUUUAUGAUUAAAAUUCACUCACUUUUUUAUUGGAGUUUUUUUUUUUUUUUUUUUUACCAGUCUGACGUCCUCAGUUCCUCUCUGUACACAAUAGGCAAGAAUAAAGCGUCAAAACAUCAAAUUACUCAAAGGCAGAGUGAUAUUUGUAGUUUUGUAUUUGAAUGGGUCAGGCAGAAUAUAGAUAAUGCCUAAGGACACAAAGGUUGGAGGGAAGCUGUAUUUGAGUGAGAACCAUUGAUGUAAACCAGAUAGGUGGUGUGGUCAGAGAGGAAGACUACAUCAAAUUUUUCUUUCAUUUUACUAUUUGCUUCUUUUUGUCUACAAAGAACUCAAGUGAAAAUGAUUAUUAUAGUGUUUACGAUUUUUUGUUUGUUACUAUUGCACUAGAACAGGGCAACUCUGUGAAAUAACGGCACUUCGACAACCUCUUCGUGUCUGAUUGCAGUAUUUUGACAAAAAGAUUUAAAGAGAAAUGUAUGUUUUGUGAAAGAUGAAGGAUAGAAAAAGAAAAGGUCUAAAAGAAAGACAAGGUUCAGAAUAACAGUGUUAUUGAAUCUUAACCUUACUUGGACGCCAGCCAACGUCUAUAGGAGGAAAUAAAUUGAAUGAAAAGGGCAAAACAGUAAAGUGCUUUAUUAUGAAGAUAGAAGGACAAGGAAUUGUUGAAUUUAGCAUGUUGAAAUGAUUGUGCAAAUAUUAAAUUCAUGGACUCAUUAUUAUGUCAUAAAUGAUGUCCCAUAUUUGAGCUCAUACUCUGAAGUGUUACUGCAUUAUUUUAAGAUAUAUUUAAAUGUUUUUAAUAUCCCUUGCAUAUUGUUUGCUUUCCUGUAGGUAAAAACUGAGCCUCUGGAGAAAACCAAAAUAAACAAAAUGAACAUUUUGUUAAAAUCAA